AUGGGUGGCGGCGGAAAGAUCCCUUACCCCAAGCACGUCUGGUCACCGGCUGGUGGCUGGUACGCUCAGCCCGCUAACUGGAGAGGCAACACCUUUAUCGCCGGCGCGGUAGUCUUCGGCAUCGUUGCAGUUGUCUUCAACUUCAGCGCCGACAGAGAACGCAGAGCCCACAAGCCUGCUGCUUGGGAGUCGCAUAUCAGCAGACGAUGGGCGACGCAAUUGAUUAACUGGGACAAGGAGGACAAGGCCACGGCGACGAACACCAAGAACGACAGCGCAUAG